AGUGGCAAACUUGAGCGUGGUUUACUACAUGUUCCUUGUGGGCCUAGAGACGGAUGUUAGCCUAAUACUACGCGCUGGGAAGAAGGCCUACUGUGUCGCCUUCGCCGGAAUUAUCUUUGCAUUCCCUGCUGGGUACAGCCUAUUUCACAAUCUCCGUCCUAAGCCUAACAUCCCAGGGAGUGGUCUGUUCUGGGCCACCGCUCUCGCCUGCACCAACUUCCAAGAGCUGGCUCGAAUCCUAGCAGAAGUGAAGCUUCUCCGGUCGGAGGUGGGACGGACGGCGUUGACUUCGUCCAUGAUCAGCGACUUGUCCUCUUGGGUUUUACUGGUACUAACACAAGCGGUACUGGAGAAGGGAAGGCAAAUUGCAUUGGUGUCCACCAUCGCGUUCAUGUUGUUCCUUGCGUUUGCAGUGCGUCCAGCUUUGAAAUGGGUGAUUCAGCGCGUAUCAAAAGAAGACAAAUACAAUGAUUUCCACGUAUGCUGUGUUCUGACGGGGGUAAUCCUGUGUGGAUUCAUUUCGGACGCAUGCGGCGCACAUUCCGUUGCUGGGGCUUUCAUGCUGGGAGUUAUCAUGCCAAAAGGGGAGCUUAAAGAUACGCUAGUGGAGAGGGUGGAAGACUUUGUGUCCGGCUUCAUGAUGCCCCUCUUCUUCAUAAUUCUUGGCAUCAGAACCCAUAUUAACAAAAUCGCCUUUGGCACCACUGUCGGACAUGCCUUUCUGAUAAUAGGCUUAGCUUGCACACCCAAGAUUUUGAGCACUUGCCUCGUUUCUCUAUUCUUCAAAAUGUCAGCUCUCGACAGUCUAGCUCUUGGACUACUUAUGUCCACCAAAGGUUUAUUGUCUUUCAUUAUUCUUAGCUCGGGGCGGACUAGAAAGGCUUUGGACAGCCAAACGUAUACGGUGAUGGUGGUGGCAUUUUGGUUGAUGACGUUUGUGAUAGGGCCUAUCCUGGCAUGCACGCACAAGCGCACAAGGCAUGGCAGGCAAUGCAAGCACAGGAACAUACAAAGCGCAAAGCAAGACAGCGAGUUUCUAAUCCUUGCAUGCGUUCAUUCCUUGCGCAAUGUAUCCGGAAUCAUCGCCCUCCUCAAGGCUUCCAUUGCCAAUGAACUAUCCCCCGUUUGUAUCUUCGCCGUCCACCUAGUCGAACUCAUCGGCCGCGCUUCAUCCAUGCUCAUUGUGCACGACACCUAUAGCAAGUCUUCAGACAAGAAGGGUACUAGUGCUGGGCGCAUAAGAGCCAACCAUCCUGACAGCGUUUUGGGUGCCUUUGAGAGCUUGGAAAGCAAAAGCAGUGGCGUCAGCGUCCACCCUAUAACUGCUGUGUCCGCUUUUGACUCAAUGCACGAAGACAUUUGCAACCUUGCGGAGGACAAGCGUGUGAUCCUCAUACUCAUUCCAUUCCACAAACAACCCACCAUCGAUGGUGGAAUGGAGGAUUCCAACCCUGCUCUGAGAGGAGUCAACCAAAAUGUGUUGGCAAAUGCACCGUGCUCAGUUGGUAUCUUUGUCGACCGUGGACUCAGUACGUCAGCUAUGAUCAGAGAGUCUAAGCAUGAUAAUACUGGACCACGCUUAGCUAUGUUAUUCAUUGGUGGCCGGGAUGACCAUGAGGCAUUGGCUUAUGCAUGGAAGCUGUCAGGGAACCCAGCUGUGAGGUUAGAUGUAGUACGGUUUGUUCUAGGUGAUGACCAUUUGAACCCAACAAAUCACGACGACCAAGGAGACCAUGACGACGACAAGGAAGAGAUUUUAGCUACUCCAAAGGACAGUGAUAGAGAAAAGCAGCUGGAUGAUGAGUACAUAGCGGAGUUCAGGCAAAGUUCCAAUAGCAACCCCUCGAUUACAUAUAUGGAGAAGGUGGCGAAUAAUGGGGAAGAAACUUUGAAAACAAUAAGUAAUUUGGAGCAUGAAUAUGAUCUAUACAUAGUAGGAAGAAGGGAAGGAAUGGUGUCGCCGUUGACAUCUGGUUUGGCGGAGUGGAGUGACUUCCCGGAGCUUGGAGCUUUAGGGGACACAUUGGUGUCUUCCAGCUUUUCAUCAAAUGUAUCGGUCCUAAUAAUACAACAACAUGUUGGUGGUCGUGGCGUCGGCGGCGGUAGUGGUGGUGAUGGAGGAGGAGAGGAAACCGAGAAUGCUGAACGUGAGCACACUGGACAUCUUAAGGAGCAAUUCGGGCACAUGACAUGGCAGCCACCUCCUAAGGGUAAUGCUGAUAAGGAACCCUUUGUCCACAGUACAGGAGGUUAUAAUCUCCCUGUGCCUAUGUGGUAUGAUCUUGCUUUGGAGAUUUCUACUACCAAAAUUCUUUACUCCUCUUUUUUGGAUCAAAAUGGAAAUUCAAUGCAUCUCCUUCAACAACCUCUUCUCAAUGGAUGUUGCAGUUGCCUAAAAGGGGAUAGAGCAAGGUUGAUGGACUUUUUGAGAUGGCGCUUUAUAUCAUAGUUAUGAGGACAGGCGUUUCGGUAGGCCUACUAGUGAUUAAGGACCCGUAUGUGUGGCCGUAUGAGUGGGACCCGUGGACACACUGCUCGAUCGACUAGCUGGGGGUUGUAAUAGUAUGUACACAGUAGUAGUCUAGCACUUGGGGACAUCAUCACAGACAGGGACCGUUGAGCAGAAAGACUGAAAUUGUACAGCUUUUGUUUAGUGACUGUACAUCUUUUGUAUACCCUAUCGUCCCAUAUAUUAAUAGGAGGAUUCUAACAACAUUAGUUGUUUUCUUUUGUGUAUACCUCCUUAUAAAAAGAAAUGUAAUGAGCUAUGAGUUCCCAGUGUAAUAUUUUUUUGGCUACUAAUGAUAUAUCAAAUUAUCCCUUUC